UCAAGAGUCCUUUGCUCUUUCUCUGGUGUGCUCUGUUCUGUUCUGCCCUAAUCUAUCUAUCCUCUUCACCUUCCAAAAUUCUCUGUUUUUUUCUUCCAUGAAUUCACUUUCUUUAACUUCCUUCCUUUCCAUACCCUCACCACCAUGCAACUUCCAUUCCCUUCUUCAAUCCAAGCACCAACCUUUUACGCACAAUCUCCGUUUCACUGCUCUUACUCUCUCUCCAAUUUCUCUCACACCAAAACCCUCGUUGCGGCGAGCCACUGACUCGGACAUCGACGCCCCCAUUUCUCUGCCGGAGGGGGCGUCUUUUGUUUCCAUCCCAGAAAUCGUGGAGAAGGAUUGGUCCGUGCUCGAUUGCGUCGAACAGCGAAGCGUGGAGCGCAUUGUGGCUGCGGGGAAGGUCCAAGAGGGUUCGAGGGUUUUGGUUUCAACUGGGUCUGAAGACUUUGUGGAUUCCUUGGUGGGGUUGACUUCCUCUCUGUUCGUUGUCCAUGACUCGCUUCUCGUGUUGGCCUGCAUCAAAGAGAAAUAUGACAGGGUGAAGUGUUGGCAAGGAGAGAUUCUACAUGUUCCCGAAAAGUGGGCUCCUUUUGAUGCUGUCUUCCUUUAUUUUCUUCCCGCGUUGCCCUUCAAGCUUGACCAAAUUCUGGGAUCUUUGGCUGGGAAAUGUGCUCCAGGUGGAAGAGUGAUUAUCAGUCAUCCCAAAGGGAGAGAAGUAUUAGAACAGCAACGAAAACAGUACCCAGAUGUAGUGGUUUCUGACAUACCUGAUAAAACAUAUUUGCAAAGUGUUGCAGCAGCUCACUCUUUUGAUGUGGCUGAAUUUGUGGAUGAACCUGACCUAUAUUUAGCCGUUUUGAUCUGUUCCAGGACUUAAUGCCUAGAGUAUACACAUUUUGAUUGAAUUUCUUGUAUGAUGUAUUCCUUUUUUUGACUUAUAACUUGAAUUUUUAGAUGAAAAGUCAUUAAAUGUUAACUAUGAUGUGUCUUUGGUUCCA